AUGACAAACCUACCGACAAUAACCCUAGAUACGACGCUGGCUGAUCUAUAUCGGCGAGCAAGCCCGAAGAAUGCGCAUAAGCGCAUCGCGCAGGUCCUCUGCGGAGUCAACUCCGCUUCAGAGCUGAGCGCCAACGUCCCUCGAAACGCGAAAUAUCUUUACCAAGACAGCCCUUUCAACUCCAUUUCGACAAACAAAAAUGCGGGUAGUCACGUGGGCGACAAGAAGCAACAACAAGAGCUGGCCGUCAAGUACCUAUCGUUGAUUCCCCAACGCGACGCAUUCAUCAGCGGCGAUACCGCCGUCGUUCUGUUCAAUAUCGACGAAACGGACGAACAGAAGGCUCACGACAAGGAAGAGGCCGAGAAGACGAUUUCGGUCCUCGCAAAGAAACAGCGACCGGACCUCAUCUUCUGCCCGGGUCCGUCCAAGAUCCCGAUCACGGAGGCUAGAAUCGAUUUGAUCGCGUACAAGCUAGUGCUAGACGGGUUGGAGGAUUACAACCUGGUUGUUCCGCCUGAGACGCAUUGGUUCCUCAACUCGAAGGCCGCGCUCGCACAGUCAGGUUUACCAACGCCGAAGUCGAAAAUUGUCGAGCUCGAUGGGUUUGCGGCGCAGAAUACGAUGUGCUGCACCCUCUGCAAAGGCGACGUUGCUGAAUUCGUCAUUCCCGAGGCAUGUUCCGGCAGCCGAGGUGAAUGGUUUGAAAAGCAAAGCAAAGAGAUCUUCGCCGAACUCAAGGCUCAUCCUCUGCCGUUUGUGCUCAAGAACCAACAAACCUUCGGUGGCGCGGGAACGUACAUCAUCAACACAGAAGAGGACCGCGACAGUGUCAUUCAGGACUUCCGCAACGGUAUCCUGCGUAAGCUCCUCUCUUCCGUUAUUGAGUCCAACUUCCAUCUUCGACCUGCCGCACUCAUCUUGUCCGACCUCGUCGAGAACCCCAUCGGCGACUACGGCCUCACGUUCUUUGUCACAGACGAUGGUAGCGAUCCGAUCUUCCUGGCAGCAUCGGAGCAGAUGAUUGACGACGAGAAGGCAUGGAUCGGCAGCACCAUCAAUUACGCUCGCCAGGACGAGUUGAAGAAGAAGUUCGGACCGCUGGUCAAAAGGAUCGCAAUAUGGUUGCGAAAUCACGAUUAUGUCGGGCCCGCUGGAGCUGAUGUGCUUGAGACAGCGCCGGUGACGAACGGAAAGACCAAUGGCCAUCACACAAAUGGAACGAAGAACGGCGGAGAAGAUUUCUCCUGCUUCCACGUCGUUGACCUGAAUAUUAGGACGUCGGGCUCUCUCUGUCUCCCCCUUCUUCAAGGUCAUUUUAUGAGUUGCGGUCUUUGGAGUGGAUCUUCGUUUUCAAUCAGUUUGAAGAAAGGCCGAUCAGAGUUCAUAGACAACUUCAAAGAGGAGUUUGAAAGUGGGCAGAUGUGUAUCAUCAGCUGGUACGAGGAUCCAGAUACCGGCGUUAGUCUGGCCGAUGUGGCGGUGGGUGCUGAAGAUCAGGAGGGCUUGAAGAAAGCCAUGAAGCUUGUCAGAGAUGCUACAGAUGAGGUCACCUUCUGA